AUGUCUAAAUUAAUUUGUCUAUUCUUGCUUGCUCUUUUAGUUUUAUCAUCAGUAUUGUCUGUUAGUGCAAAUGAUGUAUUCCACACCGACCAUUCGUGUGACUCUGUAAAAUGUAAAAGAGGAUAUAAAUGCCAUGAAGGCAAAUGUAAAUAUAUUUGUGGAACAGUACUUUGUGAAGAAGGUGCUAUUUGUGCAAGAGAUACUGUUGGACUUAGAUUCUGUAAAGGAUCAAAGUAA